UUUUUAUUCUGCCUGUACAUUAUUGUAUUGAUCAAUUUUGAACAUCAGGAAAACAUUUUUGCUCAUUUGGAUACUAUUUUUUGAAUUGAAUUUGUGAUAUUUGUUUUUAAUUUGUGACUAUUUGGUAUUUAUUUAACAAUUGUUUAUUUAAUAAUUUAUUUAAAAUGUCAGAGUCUCCAAGAGACAAAAUUUUGCGUUUGCGAGGUUUACCCUGGCAAGCUACGCGAGAAGAUGUUGUUUCGUUCUUUUCAGAUUGCCGAAUAAAGAAAGGAGUAAAUGGAGUUUAUAUGACAUUAUCAGCUUUGGGUAGACCUUCAGGCGAAGCCUAUGUUGAAAUGGAAAGUGAAGAAGAUGUAUCAAAAGGUCUAGAGAAACACAAGAAAAAUAUGGGUUCUAGAUAUAUCGAGGUUUUCACUUCAACUCGAAAAGAAAUGGACUGGAGUUUAAGAAAAAACGGACCAACUAAGACUGAUAUUGACCCAGCAUUAGAUGGUUAUGUUCGGCUUCGAGGUUUACCUUUUGAUUGCACAAAAGCGGACAUUCACGAAUUUUUUAGAGGGUUAUCAAUAGCGCGAGAUGGAGUUGUGUUGCCGGUUGACCAUCAGGGAAGAUCAUCUGGAGAAGCCUAUGUACAGUUCACUUCUCGGGAAACUGCGGAUAAAGCUAUGGGGAAGCACAAAGAAAAGAUCGGGCACAGAUACAUAGAAAUUUUCAAAAGUUCACCGCAUGAAUUUCUAGCGAUUCGUAAUCAACAGCAAGGAUUCAUGGUGGAUUCACGACCUUCACAUAGUGGAAGAAGCGGUGGUGGGUAUGGUUCCUCUGAUAAUUAUGGAUCUCAUGAUCCUCCUCAUCCACCAUCAAAAAGGAAUUAUUAUCUGUCGAGUAACCGCUCUGCUCCUUAUGAUCGAAACUAUAAUAAUCGUUAUCAAUCAGGAGGCUACUGGGGAAGCGGUUCAUCAAGACCACCUCUCUCUGAGCUGGGAUUCAGAAGGCCAUAUAGCGCUGCCAUGGAUGAUUCUGACAGAGGUUCAAAUAAAAGAUUUGCACGUCGUGAUUCCGAGCCGGACAGCUCUUAUUGGGAUAAAUAUGAGCCAUCACGUCACAUGGUUCACAUGAGAGGAUUACCGUACAAAGCAACUGAAGAAGAUAUUGAGAAGUUUUUCCUACCUUAUGUGCCAAUUUUCAUCAAAAUAUUAUUCGAUGAUCUCGGUAGACCUUCAGGAGAAGCUGAUGUGGAAUUUUCUACUCACGAAGAAGCCUCGGGUGCCAUGAGUAAAGAUAAAUCAAAUAUGGAAUUAAGGUACAUCGAGCUAUUCUUACGAUCUCGACCUUCCUCCAGCUCUGAUCAAAGCUAUCAAUCCAAUCAAGGUGAUUCAUCAGAUCAUUCAUUUACAUUCGCUCAACGCUACUCAAAUUCAACUCAUCGCCCUGCUCCAGCACAUUCAUACACACCAAAUAACUACUCUGGCUUCGGUUCAGGCUCUGGAUCUGGUUAUCAUUCAGGUCACAGUGGAAAUUAUCGAAUGGGAUCUUCUAAUCAAAUGUCCAUGAGAGAAUUUCUAUCUGAACGAACCAAAUGAUAUAAUUUUGAAAUGAAUCAUUUGAAAGCAAAUUUACUGAAUAUAAAUUGUAAUACAAAUGCCUUGCUGCUGUUUUAGGUGACCAAAAAUUUUCAAAAAGACAAAAGUUAAACACAAUUUACCCAAAUUAACCGCGACAACCAACCAAAAACAAUUUCACCGAUAUUCACCUCGAAUGAUUUUUUCAGCUUCUUUUCCCAAUCAUCAGUGGAUGAGCCAAACAUGUAAACAUUUGCACCAAGUUAAUUGAAAUGAAUCAAAGGAGAUCAUCUUAAGGCUGAUUCAUUUAAACUUGGAAAAUUUCUCUCUUUCAAUCAUAUCUUCACAAUUCACCUACUUUUUCUUCCAUGACUAUAAAAUUUUCAAUUUCUAUUAUUUAAUUCAAUUCCGAUCUUGUCAAUUCUCCUUUUUUCUGUUUUCUUACAUUUUGAUUCUCAUAGGCUCUCAAUGAGUCAGGAAUAUCAAAAUAUUUUCUGUUUCAUGUAAUGGUUCCUGACCAAUGGUAAUAACAAUGAUACAAAACAUGAAUAAUAUUGAGGAUAUUUAUGUGCCAUUAUGGUGUUUAAUCAAAAAGAUGAUACAAACAAUUAGAUUAAAUCAAUCAUUUUUACGUCUUUUACUACAUUAUUUAUUCAUUUUCCUACCUUUUAAACAUUAAUGUCUAUUCUGGUUGAUUGUCAAUCUAACCAUGGCAAGUUCAAGGUAGAAUCAACCAUUAACUUCAGAGUAUUCAAUACUUCUAACCUCCCAACAAUAAUUGUAAAAAUGACCCGUUAAUGGUUAAAUAAAUUGUUUGCCGAAAGUA